UAACAGCAGUAAGAAUGUGUGACAUCACAGCGCUGAGUCGUAUAUAAUCCUGCGUGUGUUGUCUGCAUGUAGACCAGAGACCCGUCCUGACACUGAGACAGGACAGACAUCAGCUGAGACCAAUAAUCAAUACUUUUAUUGGGGGACAUUAUUUGGACGACCAGCAGGAUCUUCUGCAGUUUUGUUGUUGUUGGGAUAUUUCUCUUCUGUGUCAAUGGCUGCUUCAUCUUCCUCCCCCUCUUCAUCCUCUCUGAUUGCUCUCCUCCUCCUCUUUCUCGCCGUCGCUGUGGAGUCCAGACCUUCACCUCACCGAGAUGACAAGCAGGUCUUGCACUCUCUGUUCGGCUCUCACCUCUCUUCUCUCAUCACGGCCCCUCUCGCCUCCAAUGAUGUCACAGAGGGCUCAGGCGGACGCCCCACCCCCUCCAGGGGACUGGCUGUGAAUCGUCAUGGCGCUGCUGUGAGGGGACUGGGCAGUGGGCGUGAGGCGGUCCCGCGGUUCUUCCUUGACUUCCUCCAGCGACAGUCCAAGAUGAGGCGACGGAGCAGGAAGUCGAUGAUGGGAGGGAGAGGAUGCUUCGGGAUGAAGAUGGAUCGCAUCGGCUCCAUCAGCGGGCUGGGCUGCUAGGUUGUCUGUAGCCCCCC